GCCCUCUGUCUGCACGAAGGGCGAUCAUGUCGCUGCUCUUGGUGACCUUGAGGGAGCUCCAGAAGCUCGCAGCACUCAAAGAAAAGGGCGUGAUCCUUGAACGACAGGACGAGGUAAUCAAGAAACAUGUGAGGGAGGGCAACUCCCUCUCGAGCGAAGACUGGGAGGCCUUCGAUUUGGCGUGGGACCUGAGGAGCAGCGGCGUGUUCUCGGAAGAAGAGUGGACCACGCAGGUUGAUGGAGACAUCUCGGGCAUCAUCAACAGCGCUCGCCCUACACUGUCUUCAGACCACGCUGCCGCGUCGUCUGCAUCCGGAAAGCGGUCAGCAGCAGCAGCAGCAGCUCCGGCGGCGCGCGGGGUCCCGAAUCGAGGGAAGAGACAACGAAUGGACGCCAGCAAAGGCUCGCUGAAUAUCUACAACUCGUUCGCUAUUGGCAGCGGGGAAACGGUGAUGACCGAAUCACCUUGGAGGGUCUGGACAAGCCGUACACCUUCGCGGGCGAUAGGGACUCCAGCGACGACGAGGGAUCUUCCGAGACUAGCAACGAUGGGUGCGGGGGUGGGGAUGACCAGGCGGUUGAGGGCGAGGGGGACCGGCGAGGGAGUGGAGGACGGCGAUUCUAGCGACGAAGACACUCGUGAGACGGCCAGUGGCCAGAUGGACGAGCUGAGUCUUGUGGACGACGANGCGGUUGAGGGCGAGGGGGACCGGCGAGGGAGUGGAGGACGGCGAUUCUAGCGACGAAGACACUCGUG